AGAGUGUCCUGCGGAGAAAACACACACACACACACACACACACGCACAUUGUGAGUGUGUGUGGAACAGGAGAGGCAUGAACGCUGCUGAGCUGCUUGGUUCGGACUGGGCAGAGAUGCAGAUGUCUUGGUGCUCGUCAAGAUCCUGUUACUGAAAGUCGGCCUAAGUGGGUGCUGUGGACCACUCAGUCGCACCCAGUGUGUGUGGUUCAGAGAAAUUGCUGGUACCAUUAGCCCUCCACACUGGUUUAAAUGCGGGGCCUGGCUGAGGAGAGCAGCACUGCAUCACCAGGGAGAAGACACACAGGAUGUCUUGGGUCAGUGGCUUUUUAGUGGCCAGAGCAGACGACCACAAAACGGCGUGGGGCGAGCGCAAUGGCCGCAAGUGGCGGCGCAAGAGGGGUUCGACGCUCUGGAGCACACGCUACAUGAGCUGCCUGCGGGACCCAGAGGGUGCCGACGGACCCUCCCAAGCCGUCCAGACCCACCCGCAUGGGGGGACCGGGGCCGGAGGCAGCAACUUCAGCACCCGCUGCGUGUGGCAGGAGGACCACUAUGUAGGCUCCAGGGCAGUUGACCUGGCCUUCGAGGAUGCGGAGUCCAAGCGGAUGAAGGAGGACGAGGAAGAUGGUGAAGGAGAAGAGGAGGAGAAGAGAGGUUUGGCAGCUAGAGCUAUUUUAGGGUGCCUGCGGCGACUGGCCCACGUUUUCCAGUCUAAACAGUUCCGCUCGGCCAAGCUGGAGCGGCUCUAUCAGCGCUAUUUCUUCAGACUGAACCAAAGCUCUUUGACCAUGCUGAUGGGGGUGCUGGUGCUCGUGUGUGGGGUCAUGCUGGCCUUUCACUGUGUCCACGGCCACCCGGACGUGGCCUACGCCUCGGUGCUCUCUGUGGCCAUGGCUCUGUUCCUGGUCUUGAUGGUGGUGUGCAACCGCAACGGCUUCCACCAGGACUACAUGUGGAUGGUGAGUUACCUGGUGAUGGCCGUGCUGGUGGUGGUGCAGGUGUUCGGGGUGCUCAUGGUGAGCCCCCGCAGUGCCUCUGAAGGAGUCUGGUGGUCCAUCUUCUUUGUCUACAUCAUCUACACGCUGCUGCCGGUGCGCAUGAGGUCGGCAGUGCUGAGCGGAAUCGUGCUUUCUACCAUCCACCUCGUCACGGCCUGGAGGCUCAACCUGGAGGACCAAUUCCUGUGGAAGCAGUUAUGUGCUAAUGGCCUGGUUUUUCUGUGCACAAACAUCAUUGGGAUCUGCACACACUACCCAGCUGAGGUGUCUCAGAGACAGGCCUUCAAGGAGACCAGAGGAUAUAUCCAGGCCAGAAUACACCUGCAGAGAGAGAACCAGCAGCAGGAGCGCCUGCUGCUCUCAGUAUUGCCAAGGCAUGUUGCCAUGGAGAUGAAGGCACAUAUCAAUGCCAAAAAAGAAGAUAUGAUGUUCCACAAGAUCUACAUCCAGAAACACGACAACGUCAGUAUCCUCUUUGCAGACAUCGAGGGCUUCACGAGCCUGGCAUCACAGUGCACUGCCCAGGAGCUGGUGAUGACACUUAAUGAACUUUUCGCUCGUUUUGACAAAUUAGCCUGGGAGAACCACUGUCUGAGGAUAAAGAUCCUGGGGGACUGUUACUACUGUGUGUCGGGCCUGCCUGAGCCCAGAGCGGACCAUGCGCACUGCUGUGUGGAGAUGGGUGUGGAUAUGAUUGAGGCGAUCUCCUUGGUGAGAGAGGUGACGGGAGUGAAUGUGAACAUGCGGGUGGGGAUCCACAGCGGGCGUGUGCACUGCGGGGUGCUGGGAUUGCGUAAAUGGCAGUUUGAUGUCUGGUCCAACGACGUCACUUUGGCCAACCAGAUGGAGGCUGGAGGGAAGGCAGGACGCAUCCACAUCACCAAAGCUACGCUGCAGUAUCUGAACGGAGACUACGAGGUGGAGCCGGGUUACGGAGGAGAGAGGAACGCGUACCUCAAAGACAACAACAUCGAGACCUUCCUCGUGCUCGGCUGCAGCCAGAAGCGGAAAGAAGAAAAGGCCAUGAUGGCUAAGAUGCAGCGAGCCAGGGCCAACUCCACUGAUGGGUUAAUGCCCCGCUGGGUCCCUGACAGAUCCUUCCCCAGGACCAAAGACUCCAAAGUCUUCAGGCAGAUGGGUAUCGAUGAGGCCUCCAGCAAAGACAACCGAUGCGCACAGGAGGCUCUGAACCCUGAGGAUGAAGUAGAUGAGUUUUUGGGACGUGCCAUUGAUGCUCGAAGCAUCGACCAGCUACGCAAAGACCACGUAAAAAAAUUCCUGCUGACGUUCCAAACGCCGUUCCUGGAGAAAAAGUAUUCCAAGAAGGUGGACGAUCGUUUCGGGGGUUAUGUGGCCUGCACCCUGCUGGUCUUUUUCUUCAUUUGCUUCAUCCAACUCACUGUAUUCCCACAUACAACACUAAUGCUUGGCAUCUUCAUCAGUAUCUUUGUAAUUCUUGCUAAUAUCCUCUUCAUAUGUGCCAUCUACUCCUGUGUUAAGCUCUUCCCCACUGCCCUGCAGACAGUGUCGAAGAAGAUAGUGGAGUCUCGUGUCAACAGCACGCUAGUAGGGGUCUUCACUCUCCUGCUUUUGUUCAUCUCUGCUUUCUCCAACAUGCUUACGUGUGAGAGGGAGGGUGUGAUUGAAUGUGUAGCUGAGGAGCUGAACAUCUCAGAGAGCGCAGUGACACUGUGUGUGCUGCACAACCUCACACACACAGCAGGAGACACACUAACACUCUGUCCCAGCCAGAAAACUCCCUGUCCUUUCCCUGAGUACUUCACCUACAGUGUGCUGCUGACUCUGCUGGCCUGCUCUGUGUUCCUGCACAUCAGCAGUAUAGGCAAGCUGGCCCUGAUGCUGCUCAUUCAGCUCAUCUUCCUACUGCUGCUCGAGUGGCCUCUGGUGGACCUGUAUGAUAACGCUGAUCUGCUGGUCACCGCCAAUGCCCUGUCCGGUUUCAAUGGAACACAUUGCCACGAAAGGAUGAGUAAGGUGUCCUUGAAGGUGAUGACUCCAGUAAUCCUCACUGUGUUUGUGCUGGCGCUGUACUUGCAUGCCCAGCAGGUGGAGUCCACUGCUCGCCUGGAUUUCCUGUGGAAGCUUCAGGCUACUGAAGAGAAAGAGGAGAUGGAGGAGCUGCAAGCCUACAACCGUCGUCUCCUUCACAACAUCCUGCCUAAAGACGUGGCUGCCCACUUCCUAGCCAGAGAGCGUCGCAAUGACGAGCUGUACUACCAGUCAUGUGAGUGUGUGGCUGUGAUGUUUGCCUCCAUCAGUAACUUCUCUGAGUUCUACACGGAGCUUGAGGCUAAUAAUGAGGGCGUGGAGUGCCUGAGACUGCUGAACGAAAUCAUCGCAGACUUUGAUGAGAUCAUCAGUGAGGAUCAGUUCAAGCAGCUGGAGAAGAUCAAAACAAUAGGCAGCACUUACAUGGCAGCGUCGGGCCUGAACGCCUCCACGUAUGACCGAGAGGGCCGCUCACACAUCUUAGCGCUGGCUGACUAUGCCAUGAGGCUCCGCGAGCAGAUGAAGUAUAUCAACGAGCACUCCUUCAACAACUUCCAGAUGAAGAUCGGUCUGAAUAUUGGACCAGUGGUAGCCGGGGUCAUCGGUGCUAGAAAGCCUCAGUAUGACAUCUGGGGGAACACAGUGAAUGUAGCCAGUCGCAUGGACAGCACAGGAGUUCCCGACUGCAUUCAGGUGACUACUGACCUGUACCACGUUCUGGCCAGCAAGGGCUAUCAGCUGGAGUGCCGUGGCCUUGUCAAAGUGAAGGGGAAAGGAGAGAUGACCACUUACUUUCUCAACAGCGGCCCAUCCAGCAGUUAACACUGACCAAAUAAAUGCCUGCAGUUGCACUGAAACGAAAGGGAGGGGGCAGUACGCUCUGAAGGGGCUGAAGCGGACUUCUCACGCCGUUCCAGCAUAUAACCACUGAGAGGCUCACACACAGGAGCAUCCUAACGGUGGUCUUCUAUAUUGUAUGUGAAAUAUGCACACAGUGAGAACGUGUUCUCACUCUCAGCUGCUCUCUUAGACUGCCUACAGAGUUACAGAGCCAACUCACUGAGCGCUCUCGCCUUAGAUGGAACUAACUGUGGAAGAGGCUGCGUUUUUAUUGUUUUGUCACGUUUUGGACGUUCUACACCAAAAUGUGUAUUCCUUAUUUAUUUUUUUUUCUGUUUAACUGAUUUUUAAAGAACACUUUAAAGGCAAAAACACAGAAAUAUAUAUAUAUAUGCAAAGAUGAAGAAUACGAAUGCAACUGACCAAAGAACAACAAUGUUUGAUAUAGGAACACUACAUUCGCAUUUGAUAUGUCUGAUACCUGAUUUUCCUUUGUGUUUUUAUGAUUUUUGAAGAUCUAUGUUUUUUGACGGGCACUUAAAACUCUUUUCUCUCGUGCACCACACCAUCAAGACUUUACAGACUAGAGAAUGAGCUGUAAUGUGACUUUUAUUCACACGGCCUACUCUACCCUGUCCUGUUGAUGUUUAGAAGUGUUUCGAGGACUUUAUGAAGUGAAGAAACUAUGAAGGAUAAGUGCUGGCUUUGGACCCAAGAAUUGUAUUUUAUUCUUUAUGUUCUUACUGAACCUGUAAGUUAAGUGUGUGUGUGUGUGUGUAUGUGUGUGAGAGGGUAUGUUUGUGUGAGAGAGAGGUCAUUCUGUCAUCUUUAAAGGGCAUAACUGCUCACUGUGAGAUUUCUAUAAUCUAUGUGCAAUUACUUUCUUGCCAAACUGACUGCUCCUAGGCAUGUCUGACCUAUUAUUAUCAAUAUUUCUACAUGUACAUAUAGAUUUUCUCUCCAUUCCUAAAAAUAUUGGUUUGAUCUAAAUUUAUAGUUAUAUUCCAGUUCCAUGUAGGUCUGUCACAAUAAACACAUCUUGGAAAAUAUUUUGUCCCAGAACCAACUAAUACAGGAUAUCUUUAUUUUAAGGCCAUUUCAUGCUACUAAUAUAAUAAUACACAAACAGUGCAUUUGAUUAGUUUAAAUAUUCAGAGAAUAUAAACAUGUUUAAAUACACUGAAUAAAUAAAGCCACUGUUUUUUUUUUUUUUAAAUGACAUCUCACACUAACACAUUAACGUUAAUGGGAUCUCUUCACUAAAUAAACACAGGCAAUAUCAAGGUCAGCAAAAAAUAACUUACAUUAUGUCCAUAUAUUGUACGAUAAGUUAAUGUCAUUAUUGUGACAGGCCUUGUUCCUUCCUUUAUCCCUCUAUAAAAAAGAAAUCGCUAGUAGAAGCAGAGCUGAUUUACUGCUUUACCUGAAGAAGAUCAUGCUUAACAGCCUCACAGCUUUUGUAAGCCUCUUACUAGUGUGUAGUUGCUAAAAGAGCUAAAAGAGCUAUUAAAGUCACUAGUGUCUAAAAUAAAUAAUAACUAAAAUAGUAAAUACAUCACAUAAAGCAGCUCUCAAGUUUUAGUGUAGCACAUACAGUUUAAACAAUCAAAUUUACCGAAAUCCAAUGUAAUUUUUCAGCAAUGAUAUACACACUAUAUGGACAAAGGUACCAGGACACUGCUCAUUCAUUGUUGUCCAAACUGAAGAAUAUUAAUAUUAAAGAGUUUAUUCUGCUUUG